AUGAUGAUAAUCCUUUCAUGGUAUAUCGCAACCCAAACAUCAACCAAUCAAUGUUUAAGACAAGAAGAAAAGAUGUUAUCAAUUGUUCAUUGUUGUGCAGCUGAUCAACGAACUAGUCUAAAAUCUCUUUCAAGUCAACAACUCAUUGAUAUUGCUUAUGAAAAAUCUUUACGAUGGCCUCAUUUUACUUUUGUUUCAAAUAAUUUUGUUCGCCUCUCGAGAAAUUAA